AUGUUAAACCAAAAUUUAACAAUUUCACAAGAGAUUGCAGCUCAACCAAAGACUCAAUAUUUCACUAAAGAAGAUGGUGAUGCAUUAGCAAAUUUAUUAGAGUCAAAUCCAUAUAAAGAACAAGCUGUUGAAGUUAAAAGUUUAUUAAAGUCUGAACGUUUAAUUGAAAGUUCAAGAGUUGAACCAGAGGUUGAUUGGUUCUACUGUAAGUUAGGACUUGAUAGCAACUAUUUCGAUAGUACACCAUCAAUUGUGAUUGCACGUCACAUCCUUUCAUUAUAUGCAGCAAAGAUGGUAUCACAUGCAACUGGUGCCAAAUUGGAAGUACAUCUUCACAGCAAGAACGAGGGUAGUGCCACAUUCAUCACCCCAUCGAACCCAGGUAAAAGAGAUUCACCAGCAAUGAUGAUUGAACACGCAAUUGAAUCACACUACUUUGGCGAAGGAUACCACCAAGACCAACAAUUAUUAAGUCCACAACAAGUUGCCGUUGCUCCAUUCCCAGUCUCACCAAAGCCUCCAACUGGCACCAACUUACCACCACACGGUUUCCGUUUGGCAUGUUAUCGUACCACUGGUACAGUAUCGAAUUCAUCGCCAGUUCAUCUCCGUCUUUACUACUUGACAAAACCAGUAUUCCCACAAGCAACCAAUGACCUCUCUGCAAGUAAAAACGAUGAAAUACUCGCCACCGAGACUGAUCUCUUCAAAAUUGGUGAUAUCUCAUUCAUUGAGAAAUCAUCUGAACUCACCAAAAAGAUCUAUCAAGAAGUUAUGAAUGAAGUCUGUUGGUAAACAAGGUCCAGUCAUUAAACAUUAUCCAUAUCAAACCAAUGGUGCUCGUUUAGUCAUUGCCUAUCGUCGUGGUUCAACUCACUCCUAUUGGUCUGCAAUUGGUGAACUCUACCAUUUUCAUCAAAUGUAUGCAACUCAUAAAUAUGUUGAACAAUUCUCAAAUGGUAUUACAAUUUAUUCAAUUUAUUUACGUCCAUUACAUCCAGAUGUUGAUAUUAAUACUAAAAUUUCAAAAAUUGCUGAACAAGCAUCAUUAGUUUAUGUUUUACCAAGAACAUCAUUAACACCAUUAUUUUUAUCACAUCAAUUAUCAUUCCCAGAAGUUACAUAUGCAUAUGUUUGUUGGAAAUUUGCUUAUCAAUUUUUGAAUAGAUAUGCUACAGAGUAUUCAGCAUUGGCAGCAGCAAUUGGUGAUGAUUCAACCAAACAAUCAAUGUUAGCACAAUUAAAGACUCGUUUAAGUAAGGAUACAUUCACAGAAGGUCGUGUUAGAGAUGCAGUUUUACAAUAUCCAGAAUUGAUUAAAAUUUUAUAUCAAGACUUUGAAAAGUUCCAUUUCAGUGGUAGCAACAGUAAUAAUACACAAAAAUAUGAUGUUCAACAUGGUUCAGAGAUUUUAGCAUCAAUUAAAAAGACAGUAAAUAAUGAAUUGGAUAGUCAAAUCUUUUCAGCAAUUUUAUCAUUCAAUCGUCAUUUAUUAAAGACAAAUUUCUAUAAACAAACUAAAACAGCUUUAUCAUUCCGUUUGGAUCCAGGUUUCCUCUCAACUAAAGAAUACGUUUCAACACCAUACGCAGUUUUCUUUGUUGUUGGUUCUGAAUUCCGUGGUUUCCAUAUUCGUUUCCGUGAUAUUUCUCGUGGUGGUAUUCGUAUCAUUAGAUCUGGUAAUUCCACUCAAUACGAUCAUAACUCUUCAUCAUUGUUUGAUGAGAAUUACAAUUUAGCCAAUACUCAACAAUCAAAGAAUAAGGAUAUUGCUGAAGGUGGUUCAAAGGGUACUAUUCUCUUGUCUGCCGAUCAUCAAAGUAAAGCUGAAGUUGCUUUCCAUAAAUAUAUCGAUGGUUUAUUGGAUCUUUUAUUACCAAAUCACGAGAUUGUCGAUCACUUUGCCAAACCAGAGAUCCUCUUCCUCGGUCCAGAUGAGGGUACUGCCGAUUUCAUGAAUUGGGCUUCAAGUCACGCUAAAGAUCGUGGUGCACAUUUCUGGAAAGCCUUUACCACUGGUAAAUCAUUAAGUAGAGGUGGUAUUCCUCAUGAUCUCUAUGGUAUGACCACUAGAUCCAUUCAUCAAUACGUUCUUGGUACACUCGCUAAAUUGGGUAGAAACGAAGCCGAUUGCACAAAAUUCCAAACUGGUGGUCCAGAUGGUGAUUUAGGUUCAAAUGAAAUUAAAAUCUCCAAAGAUAAAACCAUUGGUAUCGUCGAUGGUUCCGGUGUACUCUUGGAUCCACAAGGUCUCAAUCGUGAUGAGAUUGGUCGUCUCGCUAGUAAACGUCAAAUGGCUCGUUACUUUGAUAAAUCAAAACUCUCUCCACAAGGUUUCUUUGUUGAUGUUGCAGAGAAUGAUGUAAAAUUACCAAAUGGUGACAUUGUCGAAAGUGGUCUCAUCUUUAGAAAUAACUUCCAUCUCAAUCCAUUAUGUAAUGCCGAUAUCUUUGUACCAUGCGGUGGUAGACCAGAAUCUGUACAAUUGACAAAUGUCGAUAAAAUGUUCACUGCAACCGGUGAAUCUCGUUUCCCAAUCAUCGUUGAAGGUGCUAAUUUAUUCUUUACUCAAAAGGCAAGAUUAAUGAUCGAAGAGAAGGGUGCUAUCAUCUUUAAGGAUGCCUCUGCCAAUAAAGGUGGUGUCACUUCUUCCUCUUUGGAGGUCUUGGCCGCUUUGGCUUUGAAUGAUGAAGAAUUCGAUAGACAUAUGUGUGUCAAGGAUAAUGUAGUACCAGAGUUUUAUGAAAAUUACAUUAAAGACGUUCAUCAUACCAUUGAAUCAAAUGCUCGUUUAGAGUUUGAAUGUAUUUGGAGUGAACAUGAAUCAACUAAAACUCCACGUUCAAUCCUUUCCGAUCUCUUAUCAAAUAAAAUCAAUUCACUCAAUGAUUCAAUUCAAACCUCUUCCCUUUGGACUGAUCAAUCACUCAGACGUAAAAUCAUCUCUGCUGCUUGUCCAAAGGUUUUAUUAAAUCUUUUAGGUGUUGAUAAAAUUAUGGAACGUGUACCAGAACCAUACGUUAAAGCUAUCUUUGGUUCUUAUUUAGCAAGUCGUUUCGUUUAUAAAUAUGGUCUCAAUAGUAAUGAAUUUGCUUUCUAUACUUAUAUGGAAACUUUAAAACAACAAUAA